AGCGAUAAGAUGGGAUCAGUAGUGCCCUACAUUGGUCAGUUGUGUGGGCAGCAGAAAAAUCAAGAGGUGGAGAGACACUUGCGAGCCAAUGACAGAACCUUCAACCUUUCUUACCACUAUGCUAAUAAUGCCAUCAAGACAUCCAAAUACAACAUCUUCACUUUUCUGCCACUUAACCUUUUCGAACAGUUCAGGAGGCUCGCUAACUGCUUCUUCCUCUUCCUGUUUACCCUUCAGCUCAUCCCACAAAUCUCCUCGCUCGCCUGGUUUACCACAGCUGCCCUUCUCAUUUUGGUGCUGUCCAUAACAGCGGUCAAAGAUGCCACAGAUGACCUAAACAGACACAAAAGUGACAACGAAGUGAAUACCCGCGAAGUGAGCAUCCUCGUUGAUGGAGAAUUUAGAACUGAAAAAUGGAUGAAUGUUCAGAUUGGAGAUGUCAUUAAACUGGAAAAUAAUCAGUUUGUCACAGCAGACCUACUUUUGCUCUCCAGUAGUGAGCCUCUCAAUGUGGUUUAUGUUAAAACAGCAGAAUUAGAUGGUGAAACCAAUCUGAAGAUGAAACAGGCCCUGACUGUAACUGGAAGGAUGGGAGACAGCACCGAAGCGCUGGCCAGGUUUAAUGGGGAAAUAAAAUGUGAGCCUCCAAACAAUCGUCUGGAAAUUUUUAAAGGGACACUGACAGUGGAUGGACAAAUGUACUCUUUGGAUAACGGCAGAGUGCUUCUACGUGGAUGCACUCUGAGAAACACAGAGUGGUGCUUUGGACUGGUUAUCUUUGGAGGGGGUUCAACUGGAGGUCCAGACACGAAGCUGAUGCAGAACAGCGGAAAGACGACAUUCAAAAGGACUAGCAUUGAUCACCUCAUGAAUAUUUUGGUGCUUUGUAUUUUUGUUUUCCUGCUGUCCAUGUGCUCCGUUCUGGCCAUUGGUCAUGGAGUCUGGGAGAUGAAGGAGGGCUCAGUUUUUACUGUGUUCCUCCCUCCAGAAACUGGCAUUGAUGCUCCUCUCUCAUCAUUCCUCUGCUUCUGGUCUUAUGUGAUCCUCCUUAACACGGUGGUGCCCAUGUCUCUCUUUGUCAGCGUGGAGGCCAUUCGUCUGGUGAAUAGUUACUAUAUUGACUGGGACAGGAAGAUGUAUUACCCCAAGAGUGACACUCCUGCUCAGGCGAGGACCACCACUCUGAAUGAGGAGCUGGGUCAGAUCAAAUACAUCUUCAGCGACAAGACUGGUACCCUGACGCGUAACAUCAUGACAUUCAAUAAGUGCUCGAUCAAUGGCAAAAGUUAUGGGGAGCUCUUGGACAUUUCAGGAGAGAGGAUUGAAAUAACAGAGAAUACACCAAGGGUGGACUUCUCGUGGAACCAGCUAGCCGAUCCAAAGUUCAUUUUUCACGACCAUAAUCUGGUGGAAAUUGUCAGGGAGGGCAACUUGAAGGCUCAGGCCUUCUUCCGUUUGUUGGCUCUGUGCCACACCGUGAUGCCUGAGGAAAAGAAACAAGGGGCGCUUUAUUACCAGGCGCAGUCUCCUGAUGAAGGUGCUCUGGUCACCGCUGCGAGAAACUUUGGAUUUAUGUUCCACUCACGCACACCGGAAACCAUCACAGUCGUGGAGAUGGAGAAACUAGUCAUCUAUGAACUUUUGGCUGUUUUAGACUUCAAUAAUGUGCGCAAGAGGAUGUCAGUCAUAGUGCGUAACCCCGAAGGGAAGUUGACUCUAUACUGUAAAGGAGCAGACACCAUCAUUUUUGAGAGACUCCACACGUCCUGUAACACACUGAUGGGCGUCACCACCGAACACCUCAAUGAAUAUGCAUGUGAUGGUCUCCGCACUUUAGUUUUGGCUUACAAGGAUUUGGACGAGAGCUAUGUAAAGGAGUGGAUGCAGUGUCACCAUGAGGCCAGCACCAUCAUUGAAGAAAGAGACGAGAAACUUGAUAAGCUGUAUGAAGAGAUUGAGAAAGACUUGUUGCUGCUGGGAGCAACGGCUGUAGAAGACAAGUUGCAGGAUGGUGUCCCACAGACAAUAGAGCAGCUGGCCAAAGCUGACAUCAAAAUUUGGGUGUUGACCGGUGAUAAACAAGAGACUGCAGAGAAUAUUGGCUAUUCCUGCAAUAUGCUGCAAGAGGAGAUGGACGUGUUCGUCGUGUCGGCAAAUACAGCAGAAGGAGUCAAAGAGGAGCUUCUGAGUGCAAGAAAGAAAAUGUGUCCAGGAGCAGCAGAGGAACCAAAUGUGACCAAAGCUCGUGCAGGCCUCUUGUGGCUGCGGAAAACAGAAACUGUUCAUGAUGACAAAGUUGAUGGAAAAUAUGCCCUUGUUAUAAAUGGACACAGUCUGGCGUUUGCCUUGGAAAAAGGUUUGGAGUUGGAACUGUUGAGGACAGCAUGUAUGUGCCAAACUGUGAUUUGCUGUAGGGUCACUCCACUACAGAAAGCCCAAGUUGUUAAGUUGGUCAAGAAAUACAAACAGGCGGUCACGCUGGCCAUUGGGGAUGGUGCAAAUGAUGUCAGCAUGAUCAAGGCUGCACAUAUCGGUGUUGGUAUCAGUGGUCAGGAGGGCAUGCAAGCUGUUCUGUCCAGCGACUUCUCCUUUGCCCAGUUCCGCUAUCUACAGCGUCUCUUGCUGGUGCACGGGCGCUGGUCGUAUCUGCGCAUAUCCAAGUUUCUACAAUAUUUCUUUUACAAGAACUUCACCUUCACCUUUGUGCAUGUCUGGUAUGCCUUCUUCUGCGGGUUCUCAGCACAGACUGUUUAUGACCAGUGGUUCGUCAGCAUGUACAAUGUAGUGUACACAGUCCUCCCCGUCCUUGGCAUGAGUCUCUUUGACCAGGAUGUGAAUGACCGCUGGAGUUCCCAGUAUCCUCAGCUCUACUCACCGGGGCCUCUGAAUAUUUACUUCAAUAAGAAAGCAAUGGUGUGCUGUAUGAUCCACAGCUGCUACAGCUCCCUCAUUGUCUUCUUCAUCCCAUGGGCGGCCAUGCACAACACAGUCGCAGACAACGGCAAAGACACUGCAGAUUAUCAAUCCUUUGCUUUAGUGGUGCAGACGUGUCUUCUCAUUGUGGUCAACAUCCAGCUCUGUCUAGACACUCAUUACUGGACAGCUGUCAACCAGUCCUUUAUGUGGGGCAGCCUGGUAUUCUACUUCGCCACCACAUUUGCCAUGCACAGCAACGAUAUGUUCUCCAUAUUCGCCUCUGUAUUCCCCUUCAUCGGCACAGCGAGGAACACUCUGAGCCAGCCUAAUUUGUGGCUGACAAUAUUCUUGACUUGCCUUCUCUGUGGUCUUCCGGUGGUGGCUUUCCGUUUCACUAUCAUUCAGCUUUGGCCCACUAUCAAUGACAAGGUGAGACAUAAAGUGCGUGAGGAGCCACUGCCAGGUCCUGCUACUCGCCGUUUGCCGGCUAGGCGAAUCAGCACUCGCCGGUCGAGCUAUGCCUUCUCUCAUACUCAUGGCUACGGUGAUCUGGUGACAUCGCGAAGAUUCCUGCUUAAAUGUCCUCUAAAGAGUCGGAACACAUUGUUUAAACAAACAAACUCUCCUCUGGCCCAGAACCAGCCACAACUCUAUCGCGCCAUCACAGGGGAGUCAGAGCAACAACCACGGUAACACUAGUU